AGGAGUGAAAUUGAACAGUCACUUUGGCUGUUUUCACCGAGAGACAUCAUACGAGAAAAUUGUGUAAUUUGUUGGAGAGUUUUGAAUAAAACAGCACGAUGAUGAAAUACUUGGUAGUUUUGUUCAGCAUUUUCAUGUUGACGCAGUCACAAAGGCCACCUUACGCUGGAAGUAGCAAACCUUAUCCCGCCGUCCUUCCACAGUACCUAGACGAACAACAAGCAGCAUUUGCUGCUAGUGCCUCUGUAGCAGGAACUACUGGAUCAGUUGUAAAUAGACUGGACGCGAGCAACAGCAAUCUACCGAUAUCGGGACCUGCAAUGACCACAACAUCAACAUCAACAAUUCCUCCAGAUUUACCAAUUGACGCAUUGGGAGAUAUUAAUUUGGUAAACAGAAUCAAAACGUGGCCGAGGGAUAAACAACCAUUCUGGUUCAUCAACUGGCAACAAAUUCAAGAACAUCGUGGUGAUACGCGAAACAAGGAUAUACCGACCGAAACACAAUCAUACGUCACAGGAUAAAAAUGAACAGUGUUUGGAUAUUAUGUCAUUUUCACAAUUUAAUUCGAGACGAGACACACUGCCGUAACACGUUUACUAGUCAAAUUAAAUAAUUUUUUCAUUCCUUAAUUUUUGUUUGAGAUAAUCACAACCUAUGGUAUAACUACUCUUAUCGACACAGGAUUUAAUAAUCUGAUAAGUUACGAUAAAUUACAGUAAGAAUGUAUUAAUUUCGAAUCGGUGCCGGUUUAAUGACUGUAGAAACAAAAGAAUGAUUAUUAUUUUAUGUAAGGCAUGUGAAGAACGUUUGAUUUUAUUCUUAAACGGCGCGUCUUUUACGAAGAAUAAAGAGAUAUUAAUUGAACGAGGUAAGUUCGAGUGUACUCGAAAAACUCUUUAAAUUUCCAAUCCACCUGCUGAGCAAGCCACCGAUCGCCAAUAAGAUAUCAGGACGAGCGGAGACGGGACAGAAAUCCAAGCGUCCGAUUGGAUCGCGCGAGUUGCGCACGAGUAGUUGACUAUACGCCGAUGACGUCACGGCAGUCCAUCCAAUGCAAGCGCUCGAAUAUCAGUAAUAACCCUACGUGCGUGCCGUACGCCGAAGCGUGCUUACUCGUAUUCGGGCGUGCAAACGCGAGAGAGAAGUGGUAUAAUAAACUCGGUCCGUGAAAGAUGUUACCCGACAGGGACAUGCCAGUUGAAAUUUCCGCUCGAUAGGGUUUUUUUUUGUCAAACGAUAAGAAGGGAACACGCAUCCUCUUUGCGAGCAAAUGCAUUCGAAGAGUUGGCGUGUUAAGAAAAAGGCAAGACUGUACG